GUGAAGGUGUCCGAAAUCCAGAGCCCAGAAGGUGGGACGGGAAAAGAAAGGAUGUGCGCAGAAGAUGACUUGUGUCCUGGAGGAAGAACCCUCAGUUUUUCUGGCCUGCCUGGUACUGGCAAUGUUACAGAAAAUUCUCCAGCUGGCACUGUGGUGUAUACCUUUAGUGUCGAUUUAACAUCAAAUUUACUACCAAAUAUAUCAGUGGAAGUGGGAUAUCCUGUCAUAAUAAAUUCCAAUCCCCUCACAAAAGCUUUCAAAAUCAACCCUGCAUCUUCUCUUUUGUACAAGGUUGUUACAACUGGAGAUCUGAUUCUAGAUUAUGAAACAAUGCCCCACCAAUUUGAACUGCAAAUUCUUAUUUAUGACACAGCCGGAGCAAAAGACCUACAAAUCCUGACUGUUCAAGUGCUUGAUGUAGAUGAACCUCCAGUCUUUCAAGGCAAUAUAGCAACUCAAACUGUCACAGUAUAUGUUUUGGAAAACACACCGAGUGGAGCUAUUUACACCGUUAAUGCAGCUGAUUCUGAAAAAGCAACAUCUACAGAAAUCAACUAUUCGUUGACUCCUGACUCAUUGCCGUUCAAUAUUUCUGCAACUGGAACCAUUUUUUCUCUGAAGAUCUUUGAUUAUGAGAAAGAUCCAGAUAGCUAUGUAUUAAACAUCACAGCAAGUGACCAUCUUGGCCAGAGUGCCAGUAGGACUGUGAUAGUCAGUGUCAUAAAUAUCAAUGAUGAGCCACCUUAUUUUACCAGUAAACAAAGAGCUUUCAGCAUUCUAGAAGAAAGCACACCCGGAUCUUUUGUUGCCAAUAUAACAGCUAAGGAUCCAGAUGGGGAAGGCUAUGAACAGGGUCUUCGCUUCAGCAUCAAUAAUCCGCAGGCACUUCCUAAUUUCUCUAUAGAUCCAGUAUAUGGUACAGUUUUAGUGGCUAAAUGGUUAGAUCGUGACACCUAUCCAUUGAAAGAACAUCCCAACAUUUCUUUGGUCCUUCGGGUUGUGGAUAGCCCUAGUGAUGGAAGGAGUGAUAUAAUGGAAAUUGUUAUAACCAUUGAAGAUCGGAAUGACAACCCACCAGAAUGUGAUCUCUAUAAUUAUAGGGUGGUGAUUUCUGAAACAGAACUUCCUGGAGUAAUAAUUCUUGAUUUAAGGAAUUCCUGCAAAGACAUUGAUGCUGAACCACCAAACAAUCUGUUUAACUUCACUGGGCUGUCAGGAAUUGGAAGUAAUAAAUUCACACAGGACCCACCUGGCUCUGGAAGACUCGAGUUGACGGGAACUAUGGAUCUUGAAAAUGAAACUGCAGAAGAAUAUACGCUGAAUAUUGUGGUCCAGGAUAUUGCUCCGCCUUACUUUGCUAAGAACAUCUACAUUUAUGUCAGAAUAGAACCAGUCAAUGAGUUUGCACCAGUGUUUAGCAGGUCCUCGUAUGUUUUUGAUGUGUCUGAAAUAACACCUGGUAACGUGAAUAACCACUUCACCUUUUCACCAAGUGCUGGCUCCAACGUCUCCCGACUGAUGCUUGCAUUGCCAUUUGAUUAUGAGGGAGGCCUGGAUAGAGUUUGGGACUACAGACUGUUAGUAUUCAUAACAGAUGAUAAUUUACUAUCAGCUGCUAACAGAGCUACAACUAUCAUUGAAACCGGCACAGUAACCUUAACCAUCAAAGUAAUUCCAAACCCGACUACCAUAAUCCCAACCACACCUGGUGUUACUAUUGUGACCAGAAGAGCCAAUGUAUAUUCUGCAUCAGCGUGGUAUGUGCCAUUUGUAAUUGUCCUUGGCAGCUUGCUUCUCCUUGGACUUCUUGGGUAUCUAACCUUUUUGCUGGCAAGAUACAUCCAGAGCCACUGUCCACCCAAGCCCAAAGCUGAUAAAAAACCAUUGAUACAAAUUCCAGAAAAGAAGAAAGCUAAGAAAGAAGUAGUAUGGGAGAUGACCAACAUAAACCCCGUAUUUGAUGGGGAAGCAAAAGACCCAGUCACUGGCAAAUGGUAUGAAUAUAAUUCAAAGUCUGGGGCUCGAAAGUGGAAAGAUCCCAGUGUGCCUUCCAAGCCGGAAGCAAAGGAACUAGUUCCACAGAAAACAGUACCUACCGAACCUGCAAAUAGUGGUCAACGGAACUUAAACAGAAAGGAAGCUGGUCAUGGGAAGUUGGGAGAACAAAAUCAUGUAGAACCAAAGCCCUUAGAGAAAAAGACUGAGACUUCAAAACAAAAGAAUAACUCAAAGUUACAGAUGCCCGAAGAAGAACGUACAGGCAAGGGAUCUUCCUCACCCAUCAGAAGCAAGUCACCCAGUCCCUCUCCUAAAGUAUAUCCCAAAUAUGAAAAUCAGUCAUAAAAUAUAGGUUUGAAAAGACACUUCUACUGCUACUCCAAAUAGGAAACAAAUAAUGCAGAUGCUACUAACAGCCUUUCCUGCAUAACAGUCCUAAUUAGAAUAUUUAGAGCACAGCCAUUCCCCGGUGGCUUCAGAAGUACAGUGGGGUUAUGAAUGUUGCCUAUAUCUUCCUAACAGUUUUUGGCAUUCACAACUCUGUAAAUCAAGUCCCAAGCUGCAGAAAGAAAACUGGACAUGACUUUGUUGUGGGUGAACAAGUGAUGUGUCUGGGGAGGUUCGCCUAGCAUCUUUAAAGUAAGGGUGGAUCCAUAGGGAUACCCAGCAUCCCAAUUUACCAUUUGCGUUUUGGAAUUUAUAUAUUUUAAAAAUAUUUUCAAACCAUGGAUGGUUGAAUCCAUGGAUGAACAAUCUGUGGCUAUAGAGGGUCAACUGUAGUAUGUUGUUGAAUCAUAGGCGAGGAAAUUUGUGAUUGUGUAGUUUUAAAACAUGAUCUAUAGGGGGUUAAUAAAACUCAAAAACAAUGGUCCAACUCCAAAGGAGUACACCUGUUAGAUUUUUAUUUUUCUAUUUAGAGUAUUUGUACCCUGUUCUUUAGCCACAAAGGUUCUCAGAGCGAUUUACAGAUUGCUAAUUUGACUAUUCCCAGUCAUCAGGCUUGCAAUCUAAAAAGAUAUGACACAAAAGGAAAGGGGAAUGGCAGUGCAGAAGUGGAUCAAGUCCAGCAGAUACUGCCGGUCUUUCUCUCCCUCCAAAGCCAGGAUGGUAGCAAUUAAGAUGGAUGGAGGACCAGUUUCUGCAAGGACUGUCGAUCGCCUUAUCUCCUGCACUCCCAUUAAUUCUAUGAAUUUACUCUGUGUGUCCAGGAAACCCUAGGCUUUUGACACUGCAGUGGGAAUGGAAGAAAAGCUCAAGUUUGCAAUGGCUCAGGGAUGUAGCCAAGGUGGGGGUCCUUGGGGUCCGGACCCCCCCCUUCCAUUAGAAAAAUGAAUGGUGUGUGGUGCUGCUCUGCCGCACCCAAGCCCCAUUAUAAUGGUGGCACUUAGUCUGGACUCCCCCUUCCUAAAAUUCUGGCUACGUCCCUGAAUGGCUGGAUUCCAAGGUGCACAGUUGCCUCUUAACCAUUAUGUUUUCAGUGGGUUUUUUUCCCUUCCAAAUCAGCAAACUGCCAGUUCCAGAUAUUAUACAUAUAGUGAAGUAAUAAUAAAACACCUACAAUAAGGUUUAUUUGCAUGUUUAGCAUCUCAGAUUGCUCUUUUGUUGUGAAUUGUAAAAUAAAGUCUGUAGCAACUAAAUGAAGUGAUUAUGACAGCACUGUACAAUUAAGAUGAUGUACUGUACUUCAUAUACAUUUUGUAUUUUUAUAUGAACAUACCUUUGCCCUUAAAUACAUUCUGCAUUUUUUGUUUCUUGUUUGACUAAGUUCAGUUAAAUUUGUUUAGGCUGCAAUGCUGUAUCUUGUAACAUAUGGUCUUAUUUCCAAAGAAUUCAUUUGGAACUGGCUGUUGAAGUGACCUGUAUAGAGUUGCACUGUCCUUUUUGUUUGAUUAAUUAAAUGCCCACAGCAACAUCA